AUGAUUGGGUUAGUUGCUCUUUUAGAUCCUUUAGUGACUGUUACUUUAAAGAUUGGAGGAUGGUUGGCUGAUCCAAUUAAAAACCAAUAUGGGUAUCUCUUUAACUAUACAACAAACAUUAAGAAACUCAGAGAUGGAGUCGAGGAUCUUGAAAAUAGCAGAGCUAGUGUUCAACAAUCGGUUGAUGCUGCCUUGAGAAAUUUACAAGUUAUUAAGCCAGAUGUUUUGGCAUGGAUGAACGGAGUAGAUGAGUUGAAAAAAGAAGCAGAUGAAGUUUUACAGGCUUCUAGUGUUAGAGUUCAUAAAUGGCUCUGGUGUUUUGGUGGGCGAUUUCAUGAUAUUAAAUCGCGCUAUUCACGGAGUAGGAAGGCUGUGAAGACGAUGGAAUAUGUGCUAGAACUCCAGGAGAAGUACAAGUUCAACAAGGUUUCUGAUCCUCCAAUGCCAGUGGAAAUCACAGAUUACAUUUAUUUCAGUAAUUCUGAAGGUUUUGAAUCUAGGGUCUCAGUUAGAACUGACAUCAUGGAAUCUCUACAAGAUGAUGCCAUUUGUGUGAUUGGAGUAUGUGGAAUGGGUGGUGUGGGGAAGACAACAAUGGCAAAAGAAGUUGGGGUACGAGCUAAGGGGGAGCAUCUAUUUGACGUAGUUGUCAUGGUAGAUGUCACUCAAACACCCAACAAAAAAACAAUUCAAAGUAGUAUUGCGGAACAUUUGGGCUUGAAACUACAAGAAGAGAGUUUGUCGGUAAGAGCAGCUCGGAUAAGUGCAAGGCUAAAAGCGCUUACAAGGGUGUUGGUUAUACUGGACGAUAUAUGGACAAGACUCGACUUGGAGGAACUCGGGGUUCCGCUGGGAUCAGAUGGACAGCACCACGGUUGCAAAAUCUUAUUAACUUCAAGAAGUAUUAGUGCCUGUAACCAGAUGAAAGCUGAUAAAAUUUUCAAAAUAAGAGAAAUGCCAGAGAAUGAAGCUUGGCUUCUUUUUGAAAGAACAGCAGAAAGAUCAUUUCACCGAGAUCCGAGUCUUCAUCAGGUAGCUAGAGAUAUCGUGGAGAAGUGUGGUGGUUUGCCUCUUGCCAUCGUGACCAUUGCGAGAGCUCUUGAAAGCGAGAAAGACAAGUCUAUGUGGGAUGAUGCACUUCAGAGACUACGAAGCUAUAACCUCGAAGGAGAGUAUGCAUCUGUGUACUCAAGUCUUGAAGUUACUUACAAUUUUUUAGAAAGCGAUGAGAUGAAACAUGUGUUUCUACUAUGUUGCUUGUUUCCUGAAAGUCAUGAUAUUUCCAUCGAAGAUUUGUUAAGACUCGGGUUGGGACUAAGUUUGUUUAAGAAAACAGAUGGGGUUAGUGAAGCUAGGAUUCGAACACAUGCUUUUGUUCAGAAACUUAAGAAUCUGAAUUUAUUGUUGGAUGGAGGGGAUGAACUGUCUGUAAAACUGCACGAUCUAGUGCGUGAUUCUGGUCUUAAUAUUGCAUCCACGAACAAACACGUUUUUGUCGUCAAACAUGGUGAUGGAUUGCAGUUUUGGCCAUCUGAACUUACUGAUGAAUGCUGUACUUCCAUCUCUCUAAGAUGUGACGAAAUGUCUGAACUCCCGGAUAACCUCAAUUGCCCAAAACUCGAGCUUUUGCAUUUGGUUGGGGGCAACCAAUCAUUGGAGUUUCCAACAGGUUUUUAUGAUGUUAUGGCUGAACUCAAAGUAAUACUCUUAAGGGGAAUGUUAAUUAGAUCCACUUCUUUAUCACUUGAAGUCUCGAUCAAACUCCGAAAUCUAUCAUUAGAAUAUUGCACUUUUGACAAAACCAGCGACUUAUCAAUGAUAGGCAAUCUGGUGAAACUGGAAAUUCUAAGCUUUGUACACUCCGAUGUUAAGGAAUUACCCAUAGAAAUUGGAAAUUUAAGUCAACUAAAAGUACUCGAUCUCACCGGAUGUGGAGAUCUGUUUAAUAUAGCUCCUGGACUUCUGCAACGAUUGAUCCACUUAGAAGAACUGUACAUGACAGGAACCUUAGUCAGUUGGCCAGAUGAACAAACCACGACAUGCAUCAGAGAACUCAAUUCAUUAUCUUUGUUGACUGCCUUAGAGAUUGAAUUAUCUGUUUACGAUCUUCUACCACAUGACUUCAUCUUCAGAAGGCUUAAAAGAUUCAAGGUAUGUAUAGGGUUCUCUACCGAGAGCAAGAUGGCUCAAAACACACUGACAUUACGGCUUCCAGCUAGUUGGGAAGCUGAUGGAUUUGAAAUUCUGUUCAAUAGAACUGAAAUCUUGCAUUUGCAUGGUUGGCGGUUGUUAGCAAAUUCUAUUCUUAGCAAUCCUGAAAGUUCGAAUUUCUUGAUGUUGAGAAACUUAAAGCUAGAAUCUUGCGAUAUGUGCCAUUUGACAGAAAUAUGUCAUGGCCAGUACCAUGAAACGGCUGUGGGAGAAAUUACAAUAGAUGAACCGGAAACAUCUUGGAAACCUUUGUUUAGGAACCUACAUGAUCUUGAAAUCGUGCGCUGUGUUAAUUUAAGAAGUAUUUUCUCGCUCAACGCCCCAACAGAUUUUCUUAAGCUUGAAAACCUCAAGAUUACUGGGUGUGAAAUGAUGGAAGAAAUUUUCUUAAAAAAGAAGAGAGAUCAAGAUGAAAGAUCUGUUGUUGAGAUUGAGCUCCCAAAUUUAAAAUGCUUGAUUCUUGAGGAUCUCCCACGUCUCACUGGUUUUUCCAAAGAUGUUUCCUCACUUGUGCUUCCUCAACUGUUAGAAUUUCGGCUUCGUAACCUUCCCAAGUUUCAGGCAUUGAAUAUCGUAGAUGAAAAUCGAUCUUCCGCCAAUCACAGUUUGUUCGAUCAAAAGAUUCUUGCAACUACGCAACUAAAGGUUUUAUCAAUUUCCAAGAUGAAAAUGAAGGAGAUACAGAAACAUCUGCUUCCAGUCUCAUGUUUUGUCAGUUUAAGGGUUAUGUCAUUUUGCAAAUGUGACGAUCUAUCAAGUGUUGUACUUUCUGAUCUGUUAAGAAAGCCAAAGGGUCUCAAAUUACUUCAUCUUGAGGAUUGUCAUUUGGUAGAGAUCGUCUUCGAGAUACAGAAGCUGCUUACGGAAGGUCUUCCGGUGCUCAACAAUUUGAGCGAUUUGGAGCUGGAAAGUUUGCCAAAGAUGACACAUAUCUGGAAACACGGCCCCGAAACUUUCGUAGGGUUUCAGAACCUGACGAAACUAUCAGUAGCUAGCUGCCAUCAGUUAACUUAUGUACUCUUGCCUUCAAUAGCUACUAUUCUAGCUCAUCUCCAAGAAUUAUCCGUAACUGAAUGUCAAAGGAUGACAGUAAUUCUCAAGGAAGGAAGUCAGCAUGAGGCCAUCCAAGCAACAAAUCGAAGUGAUCAGCUUGUGUUCCCUCGUCUAAAAUCUCUAGAACUCAUCGAUCUCCCAAGCCUAAGGUGUUUCUGCUCGGAGUUGCAUGACUUUAUAUGGCCGUCGCUUGAGACGGUAUGGAUUGAUUGCUGCAAGGAGAUGAUGAUUUUCACUGCUGGAACUUCAAGCACACCAAAACUAAGGGAAAUUUGGAUUAAUGGAACAAAUCAUACGAUCGAAAGAGACCUUAACACCGAGCUGCAGUGGUUGCAACAACAGUUGAACGAUGGUGAUUCCAGUGAUUCUACCUUCAGAAGCUCGGUCAUAGAAUGAUUAUAUAUCGUCACAAGUCGGAUAUGAACAUCAAAAUCUCUACAGGACAGAUUUGUCGGAACACGUCAAAACUUGGUCGGAAAAACUACUACAUCAACGGUGAUCACCGUAGGCAAACAUUACCGAAGGAUCACGGACAACCUGUUAUGUUACCGGAGGAAAAAAUCACCGGAAGGAUUUCUAAAGACCUUUUACAUAAGAAUUUCUGAAGGCAUGACGGACAGGCGUCCUCAAGGAAAAACCAUCGAGUCAAAAACAGAUAUCCCAAUAGAUUGUUAGAACAAUCUUUAAGCAUACCAAUCUUAUUAUUCCAAUUAUCAAUAGUAAAUCAUACAAUUACAGAUAUUAAUAUACACAGUGAAGGGUUACUAUCCUUCAAACAAAAUCGACACAACUAUUCAUGAACAUGUAUGACAGUUAAUU